ACGCAGAGAGCAGAAGAGGGAGACAGAAAAAUGGCCCUCGAUAAUUUAAUUUUCGCCCAGUGCAUCCUUUAUUUUUUAGCCUUCGUAUUCGGUUUCAUCGCCGUGGUGCCUCUGUCUGAAAACACGGAGGAUUUCGGGGGGAAAUGCCUGCUCUUCACGCGGGGUAUGUGGCAAAAUGAGAACAUCACUGUGUCGAAGCAGCGCUUCAUCGUGGAGGAGUGGGGACCCGAGUCCUCCUGCAGCUUCAUCACUUUUGUCGGGAUAGCGUCCCUCAUUCUGUCCGCAGUGCAGGCAUGGAGGCUGCUCUUCUUUCUGUGCAAAGGACACGAUGACUCCAUCUUCAAUGCCUUCCUCAAUCUGCUGAUCAGCUCACUGGUGGUGUUCACGGUCUUCCUGUCCAGCACCAUCAUCAGUGUGGGUUUCAACCUGUGGUGCGAUGCCAUCACUGAGGGUGGGACCAUGCCCAGCAGCUGUGAGGACCUGCAGGACACUGAUCUAGAGCUUGGCCUGGACAACUCUGCUUUUUAUGACCAGUUUGCUAUAGCUCAGUUUGGCCUGUGGGCUGCCUGGCUCACCUGGCUCGGGAUCGCAGUGAUUGCCUUCCUGAAGGUCUACCACAACUACAGACAAGAGGACCUGCUGGACAGCCUGAUCCACGAGAAGGAAAUGCUCCUCGGCCGCUCCUCACGCCACAGCUCUGACCUCAAGACCGGCCUGAUCUAGAAAAUCAGAGGAUGCACAAACACACACAGUCACUCACACCAAACUGUACAGUCCUCUCGCCUGCCAUGAGAAACACCAGUGUUUGCCUAUGUAGACAAUCAAAAUCAAUUGGCUUUUGCUCCCAUUGAUCACCGAUUGAAUCAAAGUGUUGGUUUUAGCUUUGUUCUCCGGAGAUGAUUGAUUUCCUCGUAUAAAAAAAUCUACCUAAUGGUUGCUAAUUCUUGAAGAGUCCUGCUUUGUCAAGUUUAUUCAUCCACUGUGUGCACGCCUCUUCAAG